CUACAGCCCAUCAAUAUUUCACCAUUCUGCUGUCACGUGUGAAAUGAAAUAUAAUCCGAGAGGCGUAGAAGUUUGCCUCCGUGUCGGUAAGUGGGGCCAGCAGGAGCGCACAUCUUACCCCAGACUAUAACGCAACAGCUGCGUUUCUUUGUGAAACUUUCUGAUAGCAAACCACAAGCAUCCACUGCUUAAUUUAAUAAACUACUGGAUAUGGCAGGGCUGAGGCAGCUGACUGCAUGGCUCGGAAUCGGUGCUUUUCUGCUGUGCGUACCGAGCGUCUUUUGCUUCACGGUAGCUCAAGACGUGCCGUGUGAGGCUAACGGCUCGGUGUACUAUGUUGGUGAGUGGUACAUCCUGCACUCGGAGCACUGCACGCAGUGUGAGUGUACGGCGAAGGGACCGGUGUGCGCGCGGACAGAGUGCACUGCGCUGCCCGAUGCCUGCAUUCACGUGAGCCACUACCCGACCGAAUGCUGCCCGCGGUGCGAGGAAAUCGGCUGUGAAUACCAGGGAGAGGUUUACGAGUUCGGCCAAAACUUCCAGCCAUCAGAAUGUGAGCUCUGCUUCUGUGAGAAGGAGGGCACCAUAUGCCAAGUAGCGGACUGUGCCCCCCCUGCAUGUGUCAACCCGGUCUAUCAAAAAGGGAUCUGCUGCCCAGACUGCAAAGAUGGGCCAAAUUGCUAUGUGGAUGACUCUCGGACGCAGAUAAUCCCCGGAGGCGAGGCAGUGUGGGUGGAUUCCUGCACCAAAUGCCAAUGCCAUGAUGGGGAGGAUGUUAGCUAUUGGAAGGACAACCGAGUGGCCACCCGAGUGGCCACAUGUACCCGCCUCCAAAACUGCACUGUCAGCAAAGGAGAAAACAAAAACUCAGACACUCCCCACCAUCAGAGCGUGUAGCUCAGCAGGUCACUAUGCCUUGUGCUCAUGUAGCUAAUUGUAGACUAUGUGAUUUAUCUUUUAUAAUGUGCCCAACAUUGAGGUUAAAUGUUAAAUGACUCGCUGAAUGUCGCUUUGGCCUUGUAAGGGAUGUCCUUCAAAAUGAAGCCAUAUUUCUUCUAUACUGCUUAUUUAAUCAGCUUUUUAAAAACUAAUACAAAAUAUUAAUCAGCUUUUCAAUUGUAAUAUAUAAAAAAAUAAAUAUAAAAUAUAUUUCUCCAA